CCUGCCAAUUAAGCGAGAAGCAGAAACAGUCUAUCCUACAGCUUAAUUGGACUCGAUCAUGGCGCCCUCCCCUGCAGCUCUCGUGGCGCUGCUGGUGGCGAGCUGCGCCGCGGUGGCUGCCGCCACGACGUUCGAUGUCGGCGACGGGCACGGCUGGGAGACCGGCGUCGACUACGCCGCCUGGACUUCGGACAAGACGUUCGCGGUCGGUGACACACUGGUGUUCAACUACACGAGCAAGGCGCACACAGUGACGGAGGUGAGCGAGAGCGGCUACGACUCGUGCGCCAGCGGCAACUCGCUGAGCAACGACGACAGCGGCGCCACGACCGUUACGCUCACGACCGCCGGCCUGCACUACUUCAUCUGCGGCAUCGCGGGGCACUGCGCCGGCGGCAUGAAGCUCGCCGUCACCGUUACCGUCGCCGGGGCAGGCGUCGGCUCGACGACCGCGGGAGGACUCACGCCCGCCGCCGCCGCCUUCCACGUGAUGCCGGCGAUGGGCGCGGCCGUCGCUGGGGCUCUGAUCACGCUCGCGCUGUUCUAAACGUCUGACUAAGCACCCGCGCGCAUCGUGUGACGGUGUGAGUGACCAGGGUAUCUGGUGAGACAGGCGAGCGGAUUUACUGAUGUGUUCAGGUCUACGAUAAUAAGUACGUGUGCUGUAUAACUGGACUACUGUUUGCCGUUUGGGUAGGUGACUUGUGCUAGUGGUAAAUAGGUAAUCACACAACUGAACAAGGAUAUCCAUGCACACACAUGAGUUCUAUUUUGUUCCAAGAUAACAGGAAAGAGAACCCUCUCGGAGGCACUACAGUAGUGGCCAUGCACAUGAGUUUAUUACCUGUUUCU